ACCGGACAAACAUUCUUAGCCAACAUGCCCGGCUGCGAUGAGCCAGAGGAUGAUAUCUUUAUGCCUGUCCUGCGUAUCGAAUAUGUGCUGUCAAAUGUACUAGAAGUAUUUGAUCCUUCGCAGCUAUGGGAAGACCGAGAUCUUUUUCAAGAGUAAAGGAUCCUCUCUAAUUUUUGCCUAUCAUUCUCCUGAACCAUUGGUCUGUCCAGCAAUAUGGAGGAGUAUCAACUUGAGCGAUACGGGCCGGUGGUUUAUGAGUCGCCAGAGGAUCCACCAAUUGAGGACGAACCUCUUCCCGACAACUUUUCCAUGGUAUAUAGUCUACUGUCGACGGCAUCUGGUAUUUCAACAGAGGAUCUGAGCCCUGACUCCCCGGAUUCGCAUGCACUUGACUCAUUGUCGGAGGAGUCUCCCCAAGUGCCGGUGCCUACUCGGAAAGGAAAAUGGAGAGUGAAGUCGCUCUUCCGACGCGCAAUCACGAAUUUCGUCGAGUUUGUUAAGGGGCAUAAGUCCUCUACCAAGUUAUCAUGAUUUAGUCUGCAGGAUAGACUCUCGCUUCACUUUCGUUUUUCGAGAAUUUCAUACCAUACACAAUGCAUCAC